AUGGAUACUGAAUGUCCCAUAUGUCUAGAGGUAAUAACUCCUAUAAGUGAGAAGAUUUUACUAGUUUCUGAAAUCUGUGAACAUAAAAUUUGCGACGUGUGUGCUGAAAAACAAUUGGCUUCCCAGGGGAACUUUACUCAAUGUGCAAUUUGCCGCUCACAUCUGACUCGCUUAUCGUUUGUGCCUUUUGACAUGUCCUCAAUCUACUAUGAAACUCACAAGGAGGCUAGGAAAAGAGUGUUGCAAGUCUACAACGAUACCAGGGCUAACUUUAAAAAUACCCCUGAGUAUAAUAAGUACUUGGAGGACAGGGAGUCAAUAAUUUUCGACCUGAUUAACUGUAAGGAUGAUGCGCGACUCAAGGAGAUAGAGCAUGAGCUGCGGGUUUACGAGCGCAACAACUCUCUAAAAAUAUCCAGGAACAUCGAGGCUCAGAAAUCGGAACACAAGACGAAGAUUCUGUCGAUUGUUGAAAAGGAGGACGUUUUUUACGAAAUUGUGGACAAGGGAGCUCCGUUUAACCUUUGGAAAGUCGAUGAACUGUUACACCCACUCAAGAAGUCAUGUCCAAACUACUUUGUGGACGAUUCUGCAGUCGUUUCGACUGGAGAUUCAAAGCCAAUGAACGCAGCCAUCAGAAGCGAUUCUGACAUUCCCAGGAGAGUAUACUCAACCAGGAUUGAGCUCAUGGAGUCGGAUGUCGCUGGAGGUUACUCCAAAGGUAGGUUCGAUUAA